CCUAGGGUGUAGUCGGAUAUAGUUAUUUUCCUUCUGAAGUUUCUCCAUGGCGGUGGACACAAAGCACUGAGACCGUGGAAGUCUGCGUUAGGGCAAGGACAAUAAUUCUGGAAGGAACAAACGCAUUUUUAAGGAGAAGCAAUUUAAAGUUUUUCGUAUGGUUUUACUUGUUUUAUCAAGAUUGCGGUAACUGGGUAGUUACCAAUAAGUUGAAAGUUCAACGGUGUAAUAGAGGAAUUCGUGUAGUUGUAGCUUAAGUUUGAAACGGCUUUUAGAAUAGCUGAGAAUGGGUUGGUUUAUUCAAGUUUUGUUUUCAUUUACUUGUUUGGCUGUCUUCAGCCACAGUGCUAUGGAUGAAUGCACUGACGAUUCGAGUCGUCCUCAGCGAUGCAUGCCAGAGUUUGUCAACGCUGCUUUCAAUGUCACUGUGGUAGCUACGAAUACUUGUGGCUCUCCACCAGAAGAAUACUGCGUACAAACCGGGGUUACGGGGGUCACCAAGUCGUGCCACAUUUGCGAUGCCAGGGAUCGCAGACAACACCACAGUGCUGUGUACCUCACCGAUUACAACAAUCAACAGGACACCACCUGGUGGCAAAGUCAAACUAUGUUAGCGGGCAUCCAGUAUCCACACUCAAUCAAUCUAACUCUUCAUCUUGGCAAGGCUUUCGACAUCACUUACGUGCGACUCAAGUUCCACACCAGCCGCCCAGAGAGCUUCGCCAUCUACAAGCGCACAAGUGAGGAUGGACCAUGGACGCCUUACCAGUACUACAGUGGCUCCUGUGAGAAGACCUACCAGAAGACCAACAGGGGCUUCAUCCGCACUGGACAGGACGAACAACAGGCGCUGUGCACAGACGAGUUUAGCGACAUCUCACCCCUGACUGGAGGAAACGUCGCCUUCUCCACCCUUGAAGGCCGGCCCAGUGCUUACAACUUUGACAACAGCCCAGUUCUUCAGGAAUGGGUGACAGCCACAGAUAUCAAAGUGACCCUGAACAGACUCAACACAUUCGGAGAUGAAGUUUUCAAUGAUCCCAAGGUCCUGAAAUCCUACUACUACGCUAUCUCAGACUUUGCAGUGGGAGGAAGGUGCAAGUGCAAUGGCCAUGCGAGUGAGUGUGCGAAAAAUAACGGUUUCGGCAAGCCGGUUUGCAACUGCAAGCACAACACAGAGGGCGAUGACUGCAAUGUGUGUAAGCCGUUCUACAACGACCGUCCCUGGAGGAGAGCUACAGCCAAUAACCCUAACGAGUGUCUGCCGUGCAACUGUAAUGGCAAGAGUGCAGAGUGCAACUUCGACCCUGAGCUCUACCGUGCCACCGGCCACGGAGGACACUGCCGCAAUUGUGCCGACUACACAGACGGGCCCAACUGUGAGCGCUGCCUGGACAACUACUACAGAGACACAUCUGGCACCCGCUGCCUGCCCUGCAGCUGCAACCCAGUAGGCUCUCUGGCUACUCAGUGUGACAACACAGGACGCUGCAGCUGUAAACCCGGUGUGAUGGGGGACAAGUGUGACCGCUGCCAACCUGGCUUUCACACGUUGACCGAAGCAGGCUGCAGACCUUGCUCCUGUAACCCUUCCGGAAGCACACAGGAGUGUGAUGUCCAGACAGGCCGUUGCCAGUGCAAGGACAACGUGGAGGGCUUCAGCUGUGACAGGUGUAAGCUGGGCUACUUCAACAUGGACCCGCAGAACCCUCAGGGUUGCACUCCGUGCUUCUGCUUCCAGCAUUCCUCUGUCUGUGAGAGCGCUGAAGGCUACAGCAUUGACACAGUCUCCUCCACCUUCAACCGAGAUGAUGAGCAGUGGACAGGCCAGCAGCGUGACAGCUCCAGUGUUUCAGUCCAGUGGUCCACUGGUGGGGAGAUCUCCCUCAUCUCCGAUGACUACUUCCCAAUGUACUUUGUGGCUCCAGAGCGAUUCCUGGGCAAUCAGCUGCUGAGCUACGGCCAGAACCUCACCCUGAAUUUCCGGGUAGACAGGAGAGACACACGUCUCUCAGCCGAGGAUGUGGUUCUGGAGGGGGCUGGUCUCAGAGUGGCUGUACCUCUCAUUGCUCAGGGAAAUGCCUAUCCAGGAGAGAACAUGCAGACGUUUGUGUUCAGGCUCCACGACAGCACAGACUAUCCCUGGAGGCCCACCCUCACUCACUCAGAGUUCCAGAAGCUUCUGCACAAUCUGACGUCCAUCAAGAUCCGUGGCACCUACAGCGAGAGAAGUGCUGGUUACCUUGACGAUGUGAAGCUGAUCACGGCAAAGAGAGGUCCCGGGAGCCCGGCUCGCUGGGUAGAGAAGUGUACCUGCCCUCAAGGCUACGUGGGACAACACUGUGAGAGGUGCGCCCUGAGAUACAGGAGGAGCAGACCAGACCUGGGGCCCUUCAGUUCCUGUGACUCCUGCAACUGUAACGGACACAGUGACAUGUGCAACCCCGACACAGGGAUGUGUGAAUGCCUACACAACACAGCUGGGCUCAGUUGUGAGAGAUGUAAAGACGGUUACUAUGGAGACUCCACUGUGGGGAGUUCCAGCGACUGCAAGCCCUGCCCCUGCCCCGGAGGAUCCACUUGUGCUGUUGUGCCCAAGACAAAGGAGGUUGUCUGCACCAACUGUCCUACUGGAACCACAGGCAAGCGCUGCGGGCUGUGUGAUGACGGUUUCUUCGGAGACCCCCUAGGGGAGAAAGGGCAGGUGAGGGUCUGUCGGGCCUGUAAGUGUAGCGACAACAUCGACCCCAACGCCGUGGGCAACUGUGACAGAGAGACCGGGGAGUGCCUCAAGUGUAUCUACAACACAGACGGCUUCUUCUGUGACCGUUGCAAAGAGGGCUUCUAUGGAAACCCGCUGGCCACCAACCCCAACGACAAGUGCAAAGCCUGCUCCUGCUCUCCAUAUGGCACAGUGGACAGACAGACCAGCUGUCUACAGGUCACCGGCCAGUGUCAGUGUUUCCCCCACGUCACCAACAGGGACUGCAGCGCCUGUCAGCCUGGCUUCUUCAACCUGCGGAGUGGAACAGGCUGUGAACAAUGCAACUGCAAUUCUAUUGGGUCCACCAACGGUCAGUGUGACAUCGGUUCCGGUCAGUGUGAAUGCCAGCCCGGCGUCACCGGUCAGCGCUGUGAACGCUGUGAGGUCAACUUCUUUGGCUUCGGAUUGUCAGGCUGCAAACCGUGCGACUGUGACCCAGAGGGCUCAUCGACAGCCCAGUGUAAAGAAGAUGGCCGCUGUGCGUGCCUUCCAGGCUUUGUGGGAGCCAGGUGUGACAUGUGUGAGGAGAACUACUUCUACAACCGCUCUACUCCCGGCUGCCAGCAGUGUCCGUCCUGUUACUCCCUCGUCAGAGACAAGGUGAACCAGCAGAGACAGAAGCUGCAUGACCUGCAGACUUUGAUUGACAACCUGGGCUCCAUGUCAGAGACUGUGAGUGACAAGGCGUUUGAGGACCGACUGAAGGAGGCAGAGAAAUCCAUCAUGGACCUACUGGACGAAGCUCAGACCAGCAAAGAUGUGGACAAAGGCCUGCUGGAGCGCCUGGGGAAACUGAACAGCACACUGACCACUCAGUGGAAUCGUUUGCAGAACAUCAGGAACACCGUGGACAACACUGGAACCCAAGCCGACAAGGCCCGCAACCGGGUCCGAGACGCCGAGAACCUGAUCGGCCUCGCCCGCGAGGAACUGGAUAAGGCCAAGGAUGCCAUCAGCAAACUGGACAUCAAAGCACCCUCCAUCAGUGGAGAUCCUAACAACAUGACCCUUCUGGCAGAGGAGGCUCGCAAUCUGGCCGACAAACAUAAAAUGGACGCGGAUCAAAUUGAGAAGAUCGCGAAAGAUGCCAAUGACACGUCCACCAAGGCUCUCAACCUGCUGACAAAGACUCUAGAUGGCGAGGGCAAGACCAACCAAGACAUUGAUGAGCUCAACAGGAAGUACAAUGAGGCAAAGGACCUGGCCAAGAACCUGGAGAAACAGGCCAACAAGGUGCAUGCUGAGGCAGAGGAGGCAAGCGACAAAGCCCUGAAGAUCUACGCUAACCUGACAAGCCUGCCACCUUUCAACACCAAAUCACUGGAGGACGAAGCGAGCAAGAUCAAGAAGGAAGCGUCUGACCUGGACAAGCUGAUUGACAAGACCGAGAAAGAGUACAACGACUUGAGGGACGAUCUGCGAGGGAAGGAGACUGAGGUCCGCAAGCUGCUGGAGAAGGGCAAGACGGAGCAGCAGACUGCCGAUCAGUUGCUGGCUCGUGUCGAUGCUGCCAAGGCGCUGGCUGAAGAGGCCGCCAAGAAGGGGAGGACCACCUACCAGGAGGCCCAAGACAUUCUGGGAAAUCUGAGAGACUUUGACAAGCGGGUGAAUGACAACAAGACGGCAGCUGAGGACGCCAUGAAGAGAAUCCCAGAGAUCAACGCUACCAUCAUCGCGGCCAAUGAGAAGACCAAGCAGGCUGAGGGGGCGCUAGGCAACGCAGCUGCAGAUGCCAAGGAGGCCAAGAGCAAGGCAGAGGAGGCAGAAAAGAUAGCCAGCGCUGUGCAAAAGGGUUCUGCCAAGACCAAGGCGGAUGCAGAGAAGGCCUUUGAGGACACUAUGAUGCUGGAUGGGGAGGUGAACGGCAUGAUGGACCAGCUGAGUGCAGCUGAGGCAGAGCUGGCCAAGAAGAAAGCUGAGGCCGACCAGGACAUGAUGAUGGCUAGCAUGGCAUCGGACAAUGCGAAGGAAGCGGAGGACAACGCCCGCAAAGCCAAGAGUGCUGUCAGGACCGUUCUCAACACCAUCAACGACCUGCUCAAGUCACUGGGCAACAUUGACAAGGUGGACCUGAGCAAGUUGGGCUUGAUUGAGGGGUCACUGAAGCAGGCCAAGGACAAAAUGGCGAACAGCGACCUGGACCGCAAGCUGGCGGAGCUGAAUGAUGUGGCCAAGAGCCAGGAGGAGAUGAUCACCGACUACGACAGGCAGAUCAGGGAGAUCCGGUCUGACAUCGCCAACCUCAACGACAUCAAGAACACUUUACCUGACGGCUGCUUCAACACCCCAUCCCUCGAGCGACCUUAACCCCCUCUCUCUCCACCACCUGUACCGCUCCUUCCUCAUAUCCCGUCUGUACCGCUCCUUCCUCAUAUCCCGUCUGUACCGCUCCUUCCUCAUAUCCCGUCUGUACCGCUCCUUCCUCAUAUCCCGUCUGUACCGCUCCUUCCUCAUAUCCCGUCUGUACCGCUCCUUCCUCAUAUCCCGUCUGUACCGCUCCUUCCUCAUAUCCCGUCUGUACCGCUCCUUCCUCAUAUCCCGUCUGUACCGCUCCUUCCUCAUAUCCCGUCUGUACCGCUCCUUCCUCAUAUCCCGUCUGUACCGCUCCUUCCUCAUAUCCCGUCUGUACCGCUCCUUCCUCAUAUCCCGUCUGUACCGCUCCUUCCUCAUAUCCCGUCUGUACCGCUCCUUCCUCAUAUCCCGUCUGUACCGCUCCUUCCUCAUAUCCCGUCUGUACCGCUCCUUCCCACGUCUAACACUCGGGCAGAAUGCCACCUUUUUACCAAAACGUUUUUUUCUUUCUUUUUUUUUCUUUGCUUUGUCUUUUUGUCUUUUUUUUUUACAAGAGAAGCUAAGUUUCAUGGUUUUAAAGAAAGAGAAGAAGCAGCUUUGACAUGCAGAAACGUGAAAUGAACUAAGGUCAGUCGACAAACAUGCAUCCAUUCUCCUUCGGUGCAGCAGGUUAGGAGAGGUGUGGCAUACCUCGCUCCCGAGUAAUGAAAACCCACAUGACUGCACCACCUCCAGACUUCCUACACUUCUACGUGGAGGACCGUUACACCGUCUUGUUUUAUCACAACCUAAACCACCCCGACAGAAAACAAGGAGAAAUGUCCUCAGCCUUUUCAGAUGGGUGCACGUCAUAUGAUAUAGCAUUUGUUUUAUUUGAUAUGAUAUCUAACAAGUUAUCCUUACCCAUCAUUCUAGACCGAAGGGCAUGCUGGGAAUGGUUUGUCUGUGAGAUAUUUUUUAGCUAUAGGUAUUGUUCAACUUCCAGUACAUAUGUGCCAUCCUUGGUGUUAUCAACCAUUUGUUUAAGAAACAAGCAGUGAAGGAAUUCUCACAAGUUUAUACAUUUUGUUUGCCUUCAUUCGCUUCCAAAGCUACAUAUAUUGCAUGGAGAAAGUAUUCCUGUUAUUAUUACACAUUUUUUUCAGUAUUCAACUCUACUGCACAUUCUGCUCCAUACCCACAUUAAAUAAUACUACAGUUUACUAUAGAAUACUACAGUACUUCGUAUAGAAUUCUGUAGUAAAGUGUAGUGUAGUAAACUGUAGUAUACUAUACUACACAUUGCACUACAGCAUUUCCCAAACUCUGUCCUCUGUCAUUUCCCAAACACCGCUGAUUCAAAUAAUCAACUCAUCAGCGUGGAUUAAUUGAAUCGGCUGUGUAGUGCUAGGGCAAAAAUACAAAAAUGCACCCCUUGGAGUCUUCAGGACAGAGUUUAGGAAACACUGCUGUAGUAUAUAAUGAUCAUUGGUAGUACUUAUUAUAGAAUCGUGUAGUAUACUAUAGUAAAUACUACAGUAUACUAUGGACCACAAGAAUACUACAGUAAUAUCUGCAAAAACACUGCAGUAAUUACUGUAGUGUGUAUAUAUAUUACAGGAUUUAAUUUGUCUACCCUGCCCAUUCCCAUAUCCCAAUUUGUGGCACCAAUAAGUUACAAGCCUACGUUUGGUAUCGUAUAGAUUAUAUAUUAUGUUCCCUACAGGUUAUAAAAAGGAGCAGAAGCUCUGAACUGUCUGUUCAGACCUCAGUCCUAUCUACCUACAGGUAUGGUAAAUUUUAUUUUGUGUAUUUUUCCAAGUAGGUUUCCUUAAGGAUAACAUGUCAAAGAUUAUAAAACAAAAACAUUAUAGUAAAUACUAGUUAUUUCUGGAAAAAAAAACGUACAGUAAAUACUACAGUCCAAAAAAACACUACAGUAAUUACUAUAAUAUAUACUAUUUUUUUCUUACUACAGUGUUUACUAUGAACAGUAAAUACUACAGUAUACUACAAUCAUGUCUGCAAAACUACAGUAAAUACUACAGUAUUCACUAUUUUCACACUACAUUCACUUUUUUCACUACAGUAUUUUUUUUCACUCCACUGAAUACUACAGUAAAGUCUCCAAAAACACUACAGGGAAUACUAUAGUAUUUAACAAUAGUAUACCUUAGUAUUUUUUUCAUGUGGGCAUGCACAACUGAAAAGCUGUUAAAUGAAACCAGCAAGUGGGUCUUUAAAAUGACUCUGAAAUUUUUGACAUUUGAGACAGUCCCGUACCGCCCAGUGAAACAAUAUGGUUAAAUAUAAUUGUAUGUAAAAAUAUAUAUAUAUAUAAUUAACACUACAAAUCUUGUUUUUGUCUGAUGUUUUUUCCUCCCUAAGCUGCUGCUUAAAACAGGUGUAUUGCAAAUCACACAUUAAUAUUUUUUAAGACAAAAUUCUACACUAUGCAACUAUGUACAUUUUGCGUAGCAAGACUUUAUCUGAUACACUGGUGCUAAUAAUUAUUUCAAAUGUUAUAUUUUUGUGUGAAUGUUUUUUAUUAUGAUAUAGAGUGAGGAAAUAUUAUUUGUGUAAAUAUAUGCUUAAAUGAUUCAGGGCAAGCUGAUUGUUAAACCCAAGACCCAGCGGCCACCUCUUAUAGGUUCUAUCGCAAAAAAAUCAACAAACCUCCACAUAAUAUAUAAAUAUAUAUGAUAAGUUCUGUGGUAUAAUAUGCUUGCUUGUGUACAUGGCUCGGUGUUGUUGCCUCAUAGCUCUGCCAUUAUUAAUUUGUGUUUCAUUAUCAGUGGGUGGUCACCAAUUAAUUGAUGAAUGCUUUUAAAACGAGAUCAAAACAAUGCUUUUAAAACACCUUUAUCCUUGACUGAUAACUUCAGGACUGUGUGAGGGAUGGCCCUAAAGAAGCCAUCGGUCUACAUUAAGCCUAUCGUUUAAUUUUACUGAAUUUAAAUCGACUCCCAAGAAAAUAGUAGUUCACCAUUUAGUGUUGUCUUCAUAUGUGGUCAAUAUUCACAUCACUUAGUUCCUAACGAGGGCGUCACGUUUAUCGCACACAUUACGUUUCAGACACACACUUUUUUCACACAUAAUGGUCUCCUCACACGUUCGCUACUCGGUGUCCUCGCAUUUCAGUAGAACAGCAGGGAUUUUGUUGAUGGGUCCAGAACAUCAGCCAGCCAGCCAGCCGCGAUACAGUAAAUUAAUAGGUUAUAACCUGGAGACCACUCAUCCUUCCCAUUCAACAUCUCUCAUCCUCAAUACACCAAUACUUACUCCUUUCCUUAGCCUGCCUUCUAUCAUGUUAUUUGUUGGAUAGUUGUUAGCUAACCUUUCACCCACAAUGUUAUAGAUGUGGUAGCGGCUAAAACGAUGUACACUGCAUUGAACCAUCUUCUGCCGUCUCUUAACCCUCCAGGCUACCACACUGCUGUGGAAGAAUGUGCAGCACAUACUGUUUGAUGUAUAAAACAGUAUUUCUAAUUUAUAAUGUCUCAAGUAUUUGUAUUUUGUUGCAGUAGAUGAUGAUAUGUAUGUGUUGCACAAUCUUGUUGUGGUCAUUUGGCUAUGGAGGGCAUGUUCUGUUGUACAAUAUAAUACAAAGGCACCAAUUCACUGCAACGUUUUUUUUUUGUGAGGACCUGAGAGAACCCUGUUUGUGACCCAAUUGCCUGUAAAUCCAAUCGUAACAUUUUAAAUAAUAAAAAAAAUAUGACAGGAA